GCAAAGUUCGUUAAGACCUCCUCCAACCAACAACCACCAACCCACCAAUGUCGAACAAUCCAAUACCAUUGGCCGAUGACCCCACUACUCAGGGCUACAUUCUUCAAAAUGUAGCCAUAGCUUUGAUUGUACUUGAUAUUUCUUUUGUUGCGUUGCGUAUCUACGCGAGAGCGAUAAAAGGUCGGGGAGGCUGGGUUGACGAAUGGAUGGUCAUUUGUGCUUUGAUCAGCAAUAUUGGGCUAUGUGUAGUAGCUAUUUGUAAGUAUAUUCACAGUCGAGAUGUAUCUUUCUAAGCUGAGUCUAACUUAAAUACCAGUAAUGUAUCAAAUUACCCAUAUUGGACACCAUCUUCCAUGGGUAAAGAAGCAUGAGCCACUCACGCUGAUAACCUUUGCAAAACUCGACGUUGCACUCGAAAUGUUAUUUACGGUUUCGUUCACUUUCCCAAAACUAGCAAUCCUCUGUAUGUAUCUCAACGUCUUUGUUGAGCGUUGGCAAAGAAGAGCAGUUUUCGUACUUAUUGGUCUGGUGGUUGGAAGUGGAUUAGGAACUGGCAUUACCACCAUGGUACAAUGCGUUCCUCUGCAAUAUCUGUGGGAUAAAAAGGGCCAUCCAGGUGGUUUCUGUGUCAAUCCAAACACGUUCUGGCAGUACUCUACCCUGCCAAAUGUCAUUAUCGAUUUUGCAAUGUUCUUCCUACCUAUACCCUGCAUACUGAAGCUCCAACUUUUGAAGAAAGAAAAGGCUGGUUUGGCUGUCACAUUCAUGACAGGUAGUAUGUAAGUGGACGCUUCUUGAGGAUGAAGAGAAUGAUAAGUGCAAGAACUAACUCAUGAAUACAGUGGUAUUAUUAUUUGCAUUAUUCGUAUGGUCAUUUUAUUCCAAACAUCGGCAACUGAUUCAACCUGGAAUGCCAUCAAGUUUGGUUCCCUCACUAUGUUAGAGGGAAGCACAUACCUCAUAGCCGCAUGCCUUCCACUCUAUCGACCAUUCAUUCAGGCUGCUGGCAAACGAAUCGGAGGAACCCUGGGUAGUAAGAUCACACGCACUGGCAUGUCCCGUGGGACCAAUAAAGGAGAUGACUUGGAGUUGGCAUCAUCAUUGAAACGACAGCCAGCUUUCAACGAAAGCGGAUUUGAACGUCUUCAUGACGACAAAGCAAAGGCCCAAGUUACGACAGAACUUCGAAGUUUUGAUUCCAUGUCAAGUCAAUCUGGUCCGCGAAGCAAACGAAUUGAAUCUGGUAUUCAAGUCAAAAGAGAGUACAUAGUUGAAAAUAUUCAGAAAUAGGGGUUCUCGAGGAUUGGAUGUCUAUCCAAUCAUUCAUUUUUAGGUGGCUUAUGUGUACUCAAGUUUUUGGUGUUGGG